AUGGGAGAGCUAACAUAUUUCUUGGGAUUGCAAAUCAAUCAAGCUGAAGAAGGCACUUUCAUAAGUCAAACGAAAUACUGCUUAGAGCUUCACAAGAAGUUUGAUAUGAAAGAUUUAAAGAGUAUCUCAACACCUAUGGCCUCAAAUGCGCUUAUUGACAAAUAUGAGAGAGGAGUGGAUUUCGACAUAACCAAGUAUAGAGGUAUAAUAAGAUACUUACUCUAUUUAGCCGUCGGUAGGCUAGAUAUCAUGUUUAGUGUGUGCAUGUGUGUUAGAUAUGAAUCAUCACCUAAAGAGUCUCACUUUAAGAUUGUAAAACGUAUUUUAAGAUAUCUUAACAGCACCUCUCAUCACGGUCUUUGGUAUCCUAAAGAUAAUGCUUAUAGCUUAGUAGGUUUUUCUGAUUCCGAUUUUGCAGGGUGCAAGUUGGAUAGGAAAAUUACUAGUGUUAUAUGUUACUUAUUUGAUUAUGAUUUAAAACUUGGCCGCAUUCAGAUUAAGUUUGAUAGUACUAGUGCAAUAAGCUUCGCUAAGAAUUUGGUAGCUUGCAAGAUUGAGAUUGUUGUUACUGGCGCUGAUAAAUUCUAG